GCUGCAGGACCAGUGCCACGCAGCCCGACACUGUCCGGGGCUGCCGCGGCUGCUGCUGCUGCUGCUGGGCGAGGAGAGCGGCAGCCCGAGGGCAGGCUGCACAUUCUGGUCCGGGAAAGGGAAGUGUGAGCCUGUUGACUCUGCAUUGCUUCAAAAUAGAUGCCGUCUCUGUAGCCUGGGCUUAAGAAUCUUCCCGAGGAUGUUUGCCAGAGCGUAAGGAGUGAUAACUACUGUCUGGGAGCUGAAUUGGGAUAAAAGGACAGCAGAGAAAGAAUGCUUAGGUAACACGGGACUUAUAGCUUUGCUUUCGUUUUGCAACAUACCAAUUGAUGCACGUGGGUUUAUAUACAGUAUAAUAUCAAAACAGAACUAGACUCUGCAGUAAGAGUCAAUAGCUUAGUCAUUUCACUUAAAGGGAGCAGGCAGCCUUAUUACGGGGUUAGACAGCAAAAAUGAAUUUGAUCAUGACAUGAUCAUAUCUCUUGAUGGUAUCUAACUCUAGUCCUGUCCUAUGGAGUGGAAAAAGCAUACUUCCUUCCUUCUUUCUUAGCUGAAGAAACAAAGUCACAGUAUCAAAUUCAGAGAGAAGUUUGGGGUUGUUGUGCAAGGCUAUUAAACAUCCUUCUGUUCCCCAGGCUCGUAAGAAAGGAAAACUGCAUUAAAUUGAUCAUUGAUGAAUAUGUGUCUAAGAAAGAAGAAAAAGCAGUAUUCAUUUCUGAACAUGGCAAAGCAGUCUGAAGUUACACAUCUCUCCCUAAACACUGAUUUGGCACAGAUGGCAAGAAACUAUCUUUUAACUAACCUUUUCCAACUGUCCAAAAUGCUGCAUAUGAAGAUGCUUUAAUUCACAGUCAAAGCACUUGGAUUUUUAUCAAGACAAACUGUUGGCAUUGUCAGAACAGUUUCUGUAUACUGAUUAGUUUAAUGUUUUUUUUAAAAUAGCAAGUGAUGCAUAAAUGGAUGGACGUGUACCUAGAAAACCCUGUGAGAAGUCUUUCACUGGAUCCUGGGAAUUUUUAUUUUUGUGGAUUACAGUAAUUCUUGCAAUAAUCCCUGCUGUUGACUGCUCAUGCAGUUGUUCUGGCAUGCAUCUAUGAAUACCAUAACAGAUAAAUCAGUCUGACAAGGAAAACACUAAUGUUGGAAGACCUGUGAACAUGAUGCAUGUGAAUAAUUUCCCCUUUAGGAGGCAUUCAUGGAUAUGUUUCGAUGUAGACAAUGGUACAUCAUCAGGACGAAGUCCCUUGGACCCCAUGACAAGCCCUGGGUCAGGGCUAAUUCUUCAGGCAAAUUUUGUCCACAGCCAACGUAGGGAGUCUUUCCUUUACCGGUCAGACAGUGAUUAUGAUCUGUCUCCAAAGUCCAUGUCCAGGAAUUCCUCCAUUGCCAGUGAUAUACAUGGAGAUGAUUUGAUUGUGACACCAUUUGCUCAGGUUCUGGCCAGCCUGCGUACUGUCCGGAAUAACUUUGCUGCAUUAACCAAUUUACAAGACCGGGCACCCAGCAAAAGAUCACCAAUGUGUAGCCAACCAUCUAUUAACAAAGCAACUAUAACAGAGGAGGCCUACCAAAAACUGGCUAGCGAGACCAUGGAGGAGCUGGACUGGUGCCUGGACCAGCUUGAGACCCUGCAGACCAGGCACUCCGUCAGCGAAAUGGCCUCGAACAAGUUUAAAAGAAUGCUCAACCGUGAGCUAACCCACCUCUCUGAAAUGAGCAGGUCAGGCAAUCAGGUCUCAGAAUAUAUAUCAAACACUUUCUUAGACAAGCAACAUGAAGUUGAAAUCCCUUCUCCAACACAGAAAGAGAAAGAGAAAAAGAAGAGGCCAAUGUCCCAGAUAAGUGGAGUCAAAAAACUCAUGCACAGCUCCAGCCUAACUAAUUCCAGUAUUCCCAGGUUUGGAGUUAAAACAGACCAAGAAGAUGUCCUUGCCAAGGAACUUGAAGAUUUGAACAAGUGGGGCCUUCAGGUUUUCAGAGUAGCAGAGUUAUCUGGAAACAGACCUCUGACUGUCAUCAUGCACACUAUUUUUCAGGAGCGGGAUUUGUUAAAAACUUUUAAGAUUCCAGUAGAUACUUUAAUAACUUACUUGAUGACCCUGGAAGACCACUACCAUGCAGAUGUGGCGUAUCACAAUAACAUACAUGCUGCAGAUGUUGUUCAGUCAACCCAUGUCCUACUAUCAACCCCAGCAUUAGAGGCAGUGUUCACUGAUUUGGAGAUUCUUGCAGCAAUUUUUGCCAGUGCAAUACAUGACGUAGAUCAUCCUGGGGUUUCAAACCAAUUUCUUAUCAACACAAAUUCUGAACUCGCCUUGAUGUACAAUGACUCAUCAGUACUGGAGAAUCAUCACUUGGCUGUGGGUUUCAAGCUGCUGCAGGAAGAAAAUUGUGACAUUUUCCAGAAUUUGACCAAAAAACAGAGACAAUCAUUGAGGAAAAUGGUCAUUGACAUUGUACUUGCAACAGAUAUGUCUAAGCAUAUGAAUCUACUGGCUGAUUUAAAAACUAUGGUUGAAACUAAAAAAGUGACCAGUUCUGGUGUCCUGCUUCUUGAUAACUAUUCAGACAGGAUUCAGGUUCUUCAGAAUAUGGUGCACUGUGCAGAUCUGAGCAACCCUACCAAGCCGCUCCACCUCUACCGCCAAUGGACAGAUAGAAUAAUGGAGGAAUUUUUCCGUCAGGGAGACCGGGAACGAGAAAGGGGAAUGGAGAUAAGUCCCAUGUGUGAUAAGCACAAUGCAUCUGUAGAAAAAUCACAGGUGGGUUUUAUAGAUUACAUUGUUCAUCCUUUGUGGGAGACGUGGGCAGAUCUUGUUCACCCGGAUGCCCAGGAUAUCUUAGAUACACUGGAGGACAAUCGAGAAUGGUACCAGAGCACAAUCCCUAGAAGUCCCUCUCCUGCACCUGAAGAAAAGGAAGAGGGAAAGCAGGGUCAAACUGAAAAAUUUCAGUUUGAGCUAACGCUGGAGGAAGAUGGUGAGUCAGACACCGAAAAGGACAGUGGAAGUCAAGUAGAAGAAGACACCAGCUUCAGUGACUCCAAGACUCUUUGCACCCAGGAUUCAGAAUCCACUGAAAUUCCUCUUGAUGAGCAAGUAGGGGAAGAAGUGGAGGAGGAGGAGAACCAAACAGCAGAGUCUUGUAUGGUAGAAGAACAUUCUCCUGACACAUAACAAUGAAAACACAGUCUCUUUCUCUUGCUCACUCCCUUUCUUUUCCUCUUUCUCUCUUUUUUUUUGUCUUUUUUU